CCAUGGAGCAUUUCUCGCUGGAUGAGGGGCACUUCGCCUCCGUCGACUCCGUCCUCCUGCUGCAGGGGGGGUCCCUGUGCGUCUCGGGGGGUCGCGACCGCAACGUGAACCUGUGGGACCUGAGGGAGCUGGGCCGGGGCCCCCCCGGGAAGGUUCUGGUGAAGGCGCUGGGCUCGGGGCGCAGCGGGACCCACAAGGGCUGGGUCUGGUGCUUGGCCGCCCGCGACAGCCGCGUGUGCUCGGGCUCCUGGGACAGCACCGUGAAGCUCUGGGACCUGGCAGCCGAGGGGCAGCAGUUCGGGGAGAUCAGGGAGAAGGCGGCCGUGCUGUGCCUUUCGUACCGCCCCGACGUGCUCGUGACUGGCACCUACGACAAGACGGUGACCGUGUACGACCCGCGAGCCGGGCAGGCCCAGGUGAGCAGCUACAAGCCCCACGCCAGCGCGGUGCUGUCGCUGGCGGCCGACGAGCGGCUGAUCGUGUCCGGAAGCGAGGACCGCACCCUUGUGGUGUUCGAUCGCCGCGCCGGUGCCGUCCUGCAGCGGCUGCAGCUGGACAAUUACCUGCUCUCCAUGUCCUACCGGGGCUCGCAGCUCUGGGCUGGGGACAACCAGGGCCGCGUGUACCUGUUCGGCAGCAGCGGCAGCGGCUUCCAGCCCGCCCGGUAUUUCGACGUGGGGCACCGGCUGCAGAUCACGGGGCUCUGGCACUCGGUGGGCUCCCUCUACACCACAUCCACGGACAGGACGCUGAGGAUCCACGUCCCCACAGAUCCCCCUCGCACCAUCUGCUCCUGGACACACGACGAUGUCCUCAACGGGAUCAGCGUGGAUGGGGACGUGGUGGCCGCGGCCUCGGGGGGACUCUCGGUCGAGGUGUGGAGGCUCCGGACCUGACGCCGCCGGGGAGGCUCCGGCCGCGCCCCGCGGAGUCCCC